GCAAAGCAUUUGGGUGUGUUUUUUGUGUUGUCGCUGUGUUGCUGUGCUGUCAUCGUCACGACCACUGCAAAGAUUGAAAGUGUAUUGAAGAAAAGCAAAAAGCUACUCGCGUUUAUAGAAGUACAUGCAUAUGCACAUACACAAAUGUGAAUAAAAAGCCAGCCACUCAAAAAAUUGGCAAUUUUUCAAGAAAUUAAAUAAAAACAAUAACAAAUGCUCAAUAGUCGAAAAGUAGCUGUGUGCCGCGCUUUGUUGACAUUGAAAUUGUGUUGAAACGUGGUUGAAGCAAAAAUUUUAUGAAUUUUAAUAUAAGAAGUUGUGUAAUCGCAGCAAUAGCAGCAACUAUAGUAAACUGAUUGGCUUUUAAUUAAGAGGUGAAACGAAAAAAGUGAAAUAAUUUUUUAGAUAGUGAAAAAUAGUGAGCAAAAUCAACAUUAUUCCAUACCAACACACACACACACAGUCCAGCCGCACACGGAUAGAGGAAGGCAGAAACGAGUAAUUGAGCAACCAAUUGAAUCAGAUAGCCAGAGUGGAGGUCCCCCACCACCCGCAGUAACGCUGCAGACACGUCAACUCCAACACAUCCACCAACAACGCGAAAAACUGGUAAACCAAGCAGAAAAUUCUGAGAAUUCAGCUUGCAAAAACGGCACUCGUGCUACAACAACAAAAAUUGCUAAGAUAACCACAUAAUCAACUAGCAGAGUAAAGCAUUCGCCACACCAAUCUUAAAGCACAGCUACAAUACAAGUUUUUUCCGCCAUCCCAUCGCACUAUGCAGGCCAUCAAGUGCGUCGUCGUCGGCGAUGGUGCCGUGGGUAAGACUUGCCUACUCAUUAGUUAUACCACAAAUGCCUUCCCUGGCGAGUAUAUACCCACCGUCUUCGAUAAUUACUCCGCCAAUGUGAUGGUCGAUGCGAAACCCAUUAACCUGGGUCUUUGGGAUACAGCCGGACAAGAGGAUUACGAUCGUUUGCGCCCACUCUCCUACCCGCAGACUGAUGUUUUUCUCAUAUGCUUUUCACUUGUGAAUCCGGCCUCUUUUGAGAAUGUGCGCGCCAAAUGGUAUCCAGAAGUUCGUCAUCACUGCCCCAAUGUACCGAUCAUUUUGGUUGGCACGAAAUUAGAUUUGCGCGAUGAUAAGGCUACUAUUGAAAAGCUGAAGGAGAAGAAACUCACACCCAUCACCUACCCACAGGGCUUGGCUAUGGCCAAAGAAAUUGGUGCUGUCAAAUAUCUGGAGUGUUCGGCGCUGACGCAAAAGGGUUUGAAAACGGUCUUCGACGAGGCCAUACGUUCAGUGUUGUGCCCGGUGAUGCGCGUCAAGCGACCACGCAAAUGUUCGUUGUUGUAAGUCGAUGCCCAGCUGUUCACCGUUCCAAAUGUAAGAUGAAAUGGAGAAAUAAACAAAGCCACGUUGAAGGAUUAAAAGAAGACAAAGUGAAUUUCUUCACGAACUCAAAAGAAAGAAAGAAAGAAAAUAAGUUAAGCAUAAAUUGUUAAAUUAUUUCAUGUAAAAGUGUAUGCACGAAUACGAAUGCAUAUGUAUGUAUGUACAUGUGUUAUUUGUCAGCAGGUAGAUGAGGCAAAUGAAAAAUCGAGAAAGUGGAAAAUCAGCGGAAUAAUAAUUGUUUUGAAUAACUAAUAAAUGCACUUUUUGUUAUUGUAAAUACAUA